GGCUGAUCAACCAUCAUUCCGCAACGAAAACCCGUGGUUGUCGAGCGUGAACCUCAGUCGCACCAUGUCCUUAGCUGAAGGCGCCUCGGACACCGAACACCGACCAGAGACCGACGACAAGACAACAGCAACCACCAACAACCAGGGCGCUAAGAAGAAACCAGAUAAAAGAGGACAGAUGUCAGAGUCGUACAUGUGGAAGGAGCAGAUUCACACCCUCAUGAAGGGCGGAGAGAGCGAGUCCGACAUAUCGGACUCCGAACACUUCCUCUGCAAGGGCGCCUUCCUGCUCACCCCCUCUCACGGGCUCAGCAUGGAGAAAGCUUCCACCAUUUGUGAGAAGAUGGAGUUCAAAGGCUGCUUCUCCCUGACCAAGACUGCUACGGGAAUCCUGUUCAAAUUCUCCAGCGUGGAUGACUAUCAGAUGGUCUUCAAGAAGGGAUUCCAUAAGGUUACCGGGUCCAGGUUUUAUAGGAAGAUAGCGAUCCCCUGCCGACCCCAGAAGACCUUCACGGUGUACGUCUACGACGUGCCUGAUGAGGUCCCAGAGGAGGACGUGAGGCAUGCGCUCUACAAGUUCGGCUCUGUGGUGGAGGUGGUCCGCCUACACUACUCCGAUUCGCCCAGAGGUGCUAACACUGGCUCUUCAACCCCAAAACCCUUGGAGAAGACUCCUCCUCGCGCGCUGACGACCAUAGACGGGGAGCUGGUAAGCAGCAUGAUCCCGAAGGAGGCUACCAGCGUCCUCCGCGUGACCCUGGCCAAUAUUGAGGAGGCCAACAUUCUGCUGCAGAAUGGCCUGGACUUCUACGGAGCUACGUACUUCCCGACGGAAUUGGCCACUCCGGCGCAAGCGGCCAAGCUAAUUAAACCUUCUAGGGUAACAGGCGGUACGGUCUCAGCGCGCGUGCGCGACCUCCUCCCGGUGUUCGACCAGCAAGGGUUCGCGAAGUUCGCACCACCAGCCUCCCGCAUCGUCAAACCUUCGCGGUCCAAGUAGACGGGAAGACCUUGGGCUGACAGGGAUAUCAUCAUGAAACUUCUACGCAUUAUCAUGGACAUGACUGUAUCAAAAGGGGCUUCGAUCAGCCUCACCAAGUUGCUCCACACCGCACCCAGGAUACUCCAUACAAAAAUGACAUUCUUUCCGUGUGCUGCCUAAAGCGCAAAAGUGCGAGAGAGACCACACGCCCUUUCCCUCUCACUCUUUAGCAGCGUACGACUAUAUAAGACUAAAAUAAAGCUCCGGACAAUAGAUGUAAAACAACAGAUUUAAAACGUUUUAAACCAAAUAUAGGUGCUAAUUCCUGUAAAUACCAUUUAAUUUUAUUUUAAGUUAUAUCUGUCCUUUUCUUAUCCGCCGAAAAGGAAAGGGACGGGUAAUCGACAAGCAUAAAAUUUAUGCAACACACGUCAAUUUUAAGCACAAAUCUAAACCAACCGUCUAAAAAUUUUACGUCAGUCAAUAACCCGACACAUUAAUUUACUCAUUCUUCCUAAAAUUAAGAGCUGUGAAUCAUCCGUCCCUUUCCUUUUCGACGGAUACGAAAAUGACGGAUAUAACCUAAAAUAAAAUUAGGCGGUGUCUGCAGGAAUCGGGGCCAUUGCCGUUUUAAACCCCAAAUAAAUCGUUUUAAACCGUUGAAAACUCGCCUACAACAAUAAAAGAACUGUGUUGAACUUGAUUAUGGGCAAUUUUUGGUCACUUGACGUCAUGUUUCGUGUUAUUAGUUUAUCCAAUCAAUAAAAAAUACCUAUAGAACUAAACACGCUAAGUAAAUUAUUAUCAAUAACGUAUUCAUCAUCAUCAAUUUAAGAGCCACGCUCUUGUCGGUGCAGCAAUUUCCAUGCUACUUUUUAGGGAAAAGUUUAAAAAGAUUUAGGGUUUUUUUUUACUUUUUUGGGUACUUUUUAUGAAUACUUAUUACACAUUCAAAAUUCUUUACACAGUUUAUAGGUAAUCCGUUACCCUAACUCGGUAAAAUCAAGAAAAUGUACUUAAGUAUACUUAAUUAAGAAAAACAUGGUCAUCACCAGCAGCCGUUUUAAAUCGAAAUAAAUGGUUGAUUUAAACAGGUCACAAUUUUCUUACAAUAAUACAAUUUGUCGCAUAAUCAGAAACAUACGUAACUUCGUCACGUCCAACUAGGCGUUUAAGUGUUCUGAAUCUGACCUGGUCCAAACGAACCCAUUACACUAGCGGCAUUGCCCCGUUGCACAGCCAUUGACAGGCGUUGGACCAGGUAAGACGCAGACCUAGGGUCACCCCCUCUGACUUUGAGUCUCCGGCCGAUCUCCCUGACCAAUUCCCUCGCCUCACUACCCCAAGGACCUGCAGUCUCAAAAGCCACGGGCACAAACACGUAUGCAGUUUUCAGUUCCGCGUGCAGACGACCCGAUUACUCUAGCCAUAGAGGCAGCCAAUUAGCUCGCGACACCAAACACUUCAGGACCCCGAUACCGACCCCGCCGGCGUGGUCGAUGAUUUCUCUCAUUCAGCGCUUAUCGCUAUCGACCCGCUAGGGUCGAUUAAUUCUUUCAAAUAUUUUUCCUCUCAGACGACGCCCUGAGCCGAGGUUCGCGCCCAACUGGGCACCCUCAGGCCUGUUGUCUUAAACGUUGUACCGGAUGAGAGCCUUCAGCGCUCCCCAUUUGUCCGGCCAAGUAGUUAAUGCCAUUUGCGGCAAAUCUACAAUAAGUCACGUCAAAAAAAAAAGCAGUUUUCAGUUCCGCGUACUAUAUGGUGCGCGUUUCGGUUUUAAACGGUUUUUUUUCGUUUUAAACGGAUUGGUUUUUAAAUGGUUUUAAAUCGGCCUUACGUCUAUACCCCUGACACUACAUUCACACCUCGUUUUACACAGACACUACACAUUGACGUUAUCGUACACGCGCAUCUGUGUGUGUGACGCCAGACGCCCAUACGAUUGAAGACACGUGGUGUGCAAAGUCCCUCAUCGAAUUAACAUACAUAACAUGUAAUACAAACACAUACAUUUAUUUACUGAAAUAUAACCCAGUCAUACAUUUUGCUUUCGUUUACGUUAUACUUGUAAAAUCAUUUGAAAAGACUUCUUGUUUAGAACCAUAUUGCAUUUACCUAAGAUCGUACUAAUG